AUGGGAAUGAAAGGUGACUCUGUGAUCGAAAUCCCUAUGAACAAGAAGCAGAUCUCCACACUAAAAGACGCAUCGAAGUCAGGCUCCAAGAUGAAGGGCGCGAGCACGGAGCACGAGACGUCGGCCAGCGCUCCCGACGAGGACCCACCGGAGGCCUCGGAUGAGGACGGCAGCGCCGAGAGUCGGGAGGGCGACGGAGAGGCCGAGAGCAGCGAGCAGGCUACACUGCCGCGCCCCGUCACUUUCGAGGAGUUUAAGAAGACUUUGUCACCUGACGAGCUAGCCUUUUUCGCUGACGAAGACGAUGAAGAGGAUGGUCUGCCUCUUGAUGACGACGACGUUGACGACGAGAAGGCCAAGAAAAAGGGCUCUGAAAACGUAGAAGUGCGACUGCCGGAAGACGCAGACGAUGACGAAGGAGAUGACGAUGACGACGACGACGACGAUGAAGGUAGCGACGAAAAGGACAGCGAUGACGGCUUCGCCAACUUCAUGGCGGACGUCGAGGAUGACGCAAAACCCGAACCAAAGAUCCGCGUGGCUAAAGCGAGCAGCGAAGAAGUCCCAGAAAAGAAAAAGAACGACGUAGCGUACUACGAGUUUGACUACACGGAGCCGGGGAGCAGCGAACCUCCUGACGACAAGGAGAAAAGGGGGAAAGAACAUGCCGAAAAGGCGAAUUCUAAGACAGUCCUCAAGACCAUGUCUCUAUUUUACCAACAAAUGAUGGCCUGA